AUGAAUGACAACAAAAUGGAUCAAAACAAUCUAGAGUGGGGUACUCAAAAUUUGAAUAACAUUAAUGCCGAUGACAAUAAUGAUGGUGAUACAUUCGAGAUGGAACUCUAUAAUGCAUCAAAUCGUGAGUAUGAACAGGAAAUAAAGGCAAAAAGAGAAAAAGAAGUGUCUCGAAAGUAUGUUGGCAUACUUCUGAGAAUCAGAUACCUUAUUCAGGAUUAUAUCUUGGAACCACUUAUUACUCUAAGUCGUCUAUGUGAACUUACCAUUCUAUUUUUUCCUGUGAUAUUAUCGUAUCCAAUUGUUUUCUUUGGCCAUAGAAAUCGCAAAGGUGAACAUGCCGGGGCAUUAAGAUGGUAUAAAUUCGUUAGGAUAGCAGCAGAAACUGCGGGUGCCUCAUUUAUAAAGCUUGGACAAUGGGCUGCCUCCCGUACGGACAUAUUUUCAAGUGGAUUAUGCAAUGAAUUGAGUAAAUUACAUUCUAAUGCUCGCUCGCAUUCUUUUGCGGCUACAAAGAAGCUAAUAAAACAAGAAUUUAAUGGAAUGACUGUUGAUGAUUUGUUUGAUGAAAUAUAUCCUAUACCAAUUGGAACAGGUGCCAUUGCUCAAGUUUAUUUGGCAAAAGUUAGUUCGAGAUUUGUGACAGAUUAUAUCAGACCAAUGCAUAUUGGAGAGCAAGGGGAAGGAGCGCACGACAAGUUUGUUGCAGUUAAAGUUGAACAUCCUGGAGCUAGAAUGAGCAUUGAAAGGGAUUUAAAAAUCAUGAAAUUCUUUGCAAACUUCAUUAACUGUUUGCCAACAAUGGAAUGGCUUUCGUUACCUCAAGAAGUUGAUCAAUUCGCCAUGAUGAUGAGACUUCAAUUGGAUAUGAGGAUUGAGGCAAAAAAUUUGGAGAGAUUCCGUAAGAAUUUCAAGAAGAGUUUGGAUGUCAAAUUCCCAGUCCCAUGGUUUUCCUCAAGGAGAGUAUUGAUCGAGGAGAGAGUACAAGGAAUCGGCAUGAGCCGUGUGUUAGAACUCAAGCGUUUAAACAACAAGCACAUGUCCAAGCAGGUUAGUGAUGUUAUUGUCGAUUCAUUCCUAAAAAUGUUGAUACUCGACAACUUUGUUCACGCUGAUCUUCACGCUGGAAAUAUGAUCAUAAGGUUUGUGAGAAUGUCCUCGAAUGGUAAGAAGAUACUUUCAAAUGAGGAGGAAACAGAUCAGUUAAUGUCCGAAUUAUCGCAAAACAAAUACGAGGAGAAUGCCACGUUAGAGAAGAAGUUAGAGGAGAUGUACGAAGAAAACUACAGGCCUCAAGUAUGCUUUAUCGAUACGGGAUUAAUUACAGAAUUGAAUGAUCGAAAUAGAUAUAAUUUUUUAUCAUUGUUCAACGCUCUUUCCCAGUUUGAUGGAUAUCGUGCGGGUGAACUGAUGAUAGAGAGAUCCAAAACACCUGAAACGGCAAUAAACACAGAGCUUUUCAAGUAUAAAGUGGAAAAACUAGUCGACCAAGUGCGUAAAAGAACUUUCACAUUAGGAUCAAUUUCAAUUGGUGAUAUAUUAGAACAAAUGCUCUCAAUGGUGAGAUUACAUCACGUUAGAAUGGAGGGUGAUUUUGUGACCGUUAUCGUAGCAAUUCUUUUACUUGAAGGCAUAGGAAGACAACUUGAUCCAGAUUUGGAUCUUUUUGCAAGGUGCGUAUUUGCAUGGUACUUUGGUGUGCCUACAGUUUAA